AAAACCCCGUCAGCGCCCUCCUUUGCCCGGGAGCGUCUGAUUACUCCGUCCGCGUUAAAAAAAAAAAGGCAAAGGGUGACUGGAAGAAUCGGUAACAGCCGCUGGAAGUUGAUAACAAUGUUAGAAGAACAGACUCGAGUCUCUUUUUUGCUGCACAGUAUUUAAGAUCUGCUUACUCAAAUGUUUUUUCUAAACAUAGGAUGGGAUUAACUUUGAACGGCAGCUAUAUCUCACUGUUUCUUGCUGUUCAGUUAGCCUAUCUGCUACAGGCGGUAAGAGGAACGGGCCAGUGUGAUGCGGUGUUUAAGGGUUUCUCAGACUGCUUGCUCAAACUGGGGGAAAAAAUGGUCACCUACCCAAAGGACAUGGACGAGACGGAAAACCUACAAACCAUCUGCUCAUACUGGGACGAGUUCCAUGCCUGCGCCACAACUGCGCUAGCGGACUGCCAGGAAGGAGCCACGGAUCUAUGGGAAAAGCUUAAAAAGGACUCCAGAAAACUGGAAUUCCGGGGUAGCUUGUUUGAACUGUGCGGCGGUGGCAGCGGGGCACCUACACCGACAGCCCCCCUGGGCAUUAUACUGCUCCUGACUGCAAUCUCUGCACUAGUGACAUGGCUCACCUUUUAGGGAACUGGAUUUCUACAUCUGACCUGAACCAAUACCGGCGGAUGAGACCUAACAGAUCUGUUUUCCGGCGACUCUCCAUAACCACCGCUGCAUACCUGUUAAACCUGCGGCCAGUUAUAGCUCAUAUGUUCGGUAGACUUGGACUUGGACUGUACGGUGCUCUGCUCGAUGAGGUGUUGCAUACGCAUACUACAGAGUAAUAACGACUAAACAUCACAAGAGCAAUUUUCCUAUAAUUAUUCGUAUGAAUACUUGGAUUGGAUGACUGAAGGGAUUCACAGGUGCAUAUCUGCGACUACACUGAACUACAAAUCCACGCAACUAGAAUAUAACUGAACGAAAACAAGUAAUAGAGAAAUAUUACAGAAGACAGAUCUUUAAAUUGUGUUAGGUCUGCUUCCUUUUAAGUUAAUCUUAUUGCUCCUUUUUAUUUUCCAAAUGUGAAAUGUCAAGUGAAGAUGAAUGGCUGAGAAGGACUCAACUGACGUCUCUACUUUUAUACGAUACUCGCUGACGCAGCGAGGAAGAAAACGGUCUAGGAACAAGCCGACUUGCACCAUUUAGGUCCACCACGAGUUUCCCGUGGAUAGACGUUAAAGUGAAAUAUGAACAACGAAUGGAUCCAAUGAAAACCGCAGCCACCCCUAAACGCCCUGGAGGAAAAUAAGAUUAAUAACUGUUUAUUGCUGCUAUGUCCCAUAGUGCGUUUCUGUCUUUAUGUUAGAAAGAGUCUUUAUUUAAAAUGAUGAGCAAAAUCAUUUUAUAUUGCAUCAUGGCAAAAAAAUAAAUAAAAUAUUAAUGUUGUGAAGACGUA